CCGACACAGUAGAAUGCAGUGAAACAUCCGACCCAACGGCCCCGCCGACUCCAGUUUCAGGCCCCUUCUUGUGGGCUGUGGGCUGUUUAACUGCCUGCACUGCAUACAGCAAACCAUCGCUAAUCCGGUUACAGCUAACCCGGUUCGAAAUAUGAAAAACGCUGUUCACAGGAGCAUGGUCUGGCAGCAAAGUCCCCUGCCCCAUCUGUCGAGUGGUUUGUGGAACAGCCCCGAGUCCUGGGUCGUGCUCAGUCUGAAGUGCACCUUCACUGAAGUCUUCAGAGAACUGCGCUGCUAGUGUGUUUGUCCAUUGGGCACUGCCACUCACUUCAGCGGCUUCCCGCUCCAUUCUGUUGCUGACGUCAUCAUGAAGCUGACUGAUUCGGACACACCACUCGCAAUCAAAUUGCUCACAGCCGGCACUGCUGGAUGCAUUGCAGACUUUGCCUCCUUCCCACUCGACACUGCUAAAGUUCGUCUGCAAAUACAGGGCGAGGGGCAUAUGCUGGUUGCUGUGAAUCCUGGCAACGCCCUGCUGGUGCGAGGAACCACUCCAUCUCAGUACAAUGGUCUGAUGGGCACCAUCAUUACCAUAGCACGCCAAGAGGGUGUCAGGAGCCUGUACAGCGGGCUGUCGGCUGGACUACAACGCCAGAUGUGCUUUGCCUCGGUCCGCCUGGGACUGUACGAUUCUGUCAAGAGCCUGUACCAGCAACUGCUAGACGGUAAUCGCAGUGGGGGCCUGCACGUUGGGACCCGGAUCUCCGCAGGCCUCACCACAGGAGCCCUAGCCGUUCUACUUGCCCAGCCCACAGAUGUUGUGAAGGUGAGGUUCCAGGCACAGCAGCGAGCACUGGGAACAGAAACUGCACCUCGCUACAAGUCCACAGUGCAGGCAUACAGGACAAUUGCUAAACAGGAGGGUGCUCGUGGACUUUGGAAAGGAACAUUCCCCAAUGUGAGUCGCAAUGCAAUUGUCAACGUUUCUGAGAUCGUGUGCUAUGACAUCGUCAAGGACCUAAUAUUACAGCACAGUCUUAUGCGGGAUGCUGUGCCCUGCCACUUCACAUCUGCUGUCAUCUCAGGGUUCUGUGCAACAGUGGCUGCAUCUCCUGUUGAUGUGGUGAAGACGCGCUACAUGAAUUCCACACGAGGGGAAUACCGAAGUGCAGUAGACUGUGCACUGCGCAUGCUGGCCCAAGAGGGGCCUGCUGCUUUUUACAAGGGCUUCAUUCCUUCGUUCUGUCGCCUGGUGUCAUGGAACAUUGUGAUGUGGAUAACAUAUGAACAGUUCAAGCUUGCAGUGAUCAACAUGCGCCAGGAGCUCAAUUGAAUGCACAAAUUGUAUUGUUACAUUGUGUUAGCAA